AUGCUUAGAGUAAAUUGGAACGAAUUUUCCUUAAUACUCUCACUAAUAAACACUAGCGCGGAGUUCACUAAUUCACAUUCAAUUCAACAAUUCCCGCUCGAUCUUCAACUUGCUAUUGUUUUAUAUCGUUUGGGUUCAUCAGGCGAAAAUGCGGCUAUUCGUAAAGUCGCUACAUUAUUUGGUGUUGGAAAUGGGGAAACAAUUUAUAAGAUAACCCGAAGAGUCUUUCGCUCCAUAUUGGAGCUGCAAACCAAAUUUAUAACGUGGCCAGAUGUAUCUGAACGACAAGAUAUAAUGGAGAAAACCUAUCAUGAGCUUCCACAUUGCAUUGGAUAUAUUGACGGUACUGAAAUAAAACUUGCCGAACCACCAGUGGUUAACCAUACAUCCUAUUUUUCAAAAAAUAUAGUGUAUUCAAUAAAAGCACAAGUCGUAUGUGACUAUCAGCUGAAGAUUCGACAUGUCGCAGUUGGUCACUAUGGAAGUGUACAUGAUGCUCGCAUGUUUCGUACAAGCGCUCUCUGCAUCCAAGAAAAUUCUUUAUUUUCUUCGGAACAAUAG